UGCACAGCAACAAUGCCGGCAUAUCAUUCCAUGUACAACCAAGAUCCAGACGCGAGGGUCUACGGAUCCAUAGCGCUUUUGCCGAUCAGGACACGUAUCCGCGGCCCGGCGCCGACUCCAGCUGAUCCGUCGGCUAUGGACAUCAUCGAUGAGUCGAUCGACCUGUUCAGGGCCAACUCACUCUUCCGCAAUUUUGAGAUCAAGGGGCCAGCCGACCGGGCGCUCAUCUACCUGAUUCUCUUCAUCUCGGACUGCCUCACCAAAAUUGCGACCGCAAGAGUGCCUAUGUCCCAAAACGAAGCCGUCAAACAGCUUUCGACGUACGCGGUCGACAACUUUGCGCUGCCGGGAGACGCGAAUUUCCCUCUCAAUCAGCUCUACUCUGCUCCAAGGGAUCGCGCAGAGGCCGACGCCCUCCGAUCAUAUCUAACUCAAGCAAGGCAGGAAACAGCAGCAAGACUUAUCGAGAAGAUCUACAUCAAUGGCAAGCCAAGCAAGUUCUGGCUAGCAUUCACUAAGCGAAAGUUCAUGGGCAAGAGCUUGAGCUAGGCGCAAGGUUGCGUUGUCCUGCAUUGUAGAGCGCAUGGCACCGACCAAAUGUGUUCCCACGUUAAUGAGCCAUGCGAUGACUAGUAAUACAGUGCGUAAGGCGUAACCCCCUUGCCAAAAUGCAUACGCUACGGGGGCACCUCAUGUGCGAGCAACCAAAGCUUGUCGAUGCCUUCUUGCCAGCUGGAAUGUGAGGAACCCAGCAAUGACAGCGCUGAUGGCUCCUAAACGGAACACGAUCCCAAUUGCGGCUGCGUCGUGCUCGGUGUCUCCAGGUGCGGCGGCUGCCCGCUCCACCAGCGAAGCGACUCCUGUGCCUCCUGUCGCUGCUGGCAAAGC